ACUGAGCGUAAACCGAGAUGGGGCUAGUGUGGGGCAGGACAGGGGAGGUUGUAGAUUCUGGAACCCAGCUUGGGCUGGGCGCCGGAAGCAAAGCCUCGGGCCUUGGUUAAGCGUCCCCCAGGGACUUGAGGACUGCAGAGCCGCGUGUCCACGCGCGCUUUGCACGGGCCUCUCGUGGCGGCCAGCCUCGCCCACUCACUCCGGCCAUUGCUUAGGGUCUCUGCGCCCGUCAGAAGGUGUCCAGCAGGAGGCGUGCGCGACCAAGCCUGGACCUGAGACUUGAGCCCGCUGAGCCGGGAAAGAAGCACCACGAGCCUCGGGGUUUCAACCCUCCCACCCCGCUCUCAACACUGCGGGUCUGCGAGGCCGAAAUUAAAGGAAGAUCCGCAAGGAGUGGUCCCAGGCUCCAGCCCUCUGUUCCUAGCAGACCCGCUGCUGCGCGGCUGGCGGCGCCCGGCGAGGCGCGCACAGUCUUCUAGCUGAGCUGGGAAGCCGAACCCGAGACGCAGCUCCCAGCCCUGGCCUCGGCGGACUCUGCCUGGGCGGCUCACGCUACAGCCUUGCGGUGGCGGGUACUCUCCCGCGUCCAAGGCGGGGCCACAGCAACAGAUGUGGGCAGCACCCUUGGCUUGUCCCGGCUCUGCGACACUGCGGCUGGAGAAGGGGUUGUAGCCCGAGGGCAGCGCGCUAGGAGUCAGCAAGCAGCUGGAGCCGCGAUGGCGCCCCUGCGGGCCCUGUGGCUGGUCUGGGCGCUGCUGGAAGUGGCCGGAGCGUGCCCGGAGCAGUGCGCGUGCGUGGACAAGUACGCACACCAGUUCGCCGACUGCGCCUACAAGGAGCUGCGGGACGUGCCAGAGGGGCUGCCGGCCAACGUGACCACACUUAGUCUUUCAGCGAACAAGAUCACCGUGCUACGGCGCGGGGCCUUCGCCGACGUUACGCAGGUCACUUCGCUGUGGCUGGCGCACAACGAGGUGCGCACGGUGGAGCCAGGCUCGCUUUCCGUGCUCAGCCAGCUCAAGAACCUCGACCUGAGCCACAACCUCAUAUCCAGCUUCCCGUGGAGCGAUCUGCGCAAUCUGAGCGCGCUGCAGUUGCUCAAAAUGAACCAUAACCUUCUGGGCUCGCUGCCCCGUGACGCGCUGGGCGCGCUGCCUGAUCUGCGCUCUCUACGCAUCAACAAUAACCGGCUGCGUACGCUGGAGCCCGGCACCUUCGACGCUCUGAGCGCUUUGUCACACCUGCAGCUCUAUCACAACCCCUUCCACUGUAGCUGCGGCCUUGUGUGGCUGCAGGCCUGGGCUGCGAGCACUCGGGUCUCGCUACCAGAACCGGACUCCAUUGCGUGCGCCUCGCCUCCUGCGCUGCAGGGGGUGCCGGUGCAUCGCCUGCCCCCAUUACCUUGUGCACCGCCUAGCGUGCGUCUGAGUGUGGAGCCGCCGCCGGAGACUCCCAGCAGCCCCCUGCGCGCUGGCCUAACGCUCCUGUUGCACUGCGCUACUGAAGGCCACCCCACGCCCCGCCUGCAAUGGCAACUUCAGAUACCGGGUGGCACCGUAGUCUUACAGCCGCCGGUCCUGAGCGGGGAGGACGAUGGGAUUGGGGCAGAGAACGGGGAGGGGGAAGGUGAUGGGGAUGGGCCGACGCAGACCGAGGCCCCAACUCCGACUCCGGCACCCGCUUGGCCCGCGCCGCCAGCCACCCCGCGCUUCCUGGCCCUCGCAAACGGCUCCCUGUUGGUGCCCCUCCUUAGUGCCAAGGAGGCGGGUGUCUACACAUGCAGUGCAUACAAUGAGUUGGGUGCCAACUCAACGUCCAUACGCUUGGCCGUGUCGGCAGCCGGGCCUCCAAAGCACGCACCAGGCGCUGGGGGAGAAGCCGGUGGGCAGACCCCAGCUUCUGAGCACAAGUCUACAGCCAAGGGCCGGGGCAACAGCGUCCUGCCCUCCAAGCCCGAGGGCAAAACUAAAGGUCAAGGCGUGGCCCGGGUCAGCAUCCUUGGGGAGACGGAGACCGGGCCUCAAGAGGAGGUGGGUGAGGGACAGGAAGCUGAAGAACCUGUCCCUGUGGAUCCCGUGGAGGAGCAGCGCUGCGGUCGCGGGGACCCCUUGGGGUAUGUAUCCAACCAUGCGUUCAACCAGAGCACGGAGCUCAAGCCGCAUGUCUUCGAGCUGGGUGUCAUCGCUCUGGAUGUGGCAGAGCGCGAGGCACGGGUGCAGCUGACACCGCUGGCCGCGCGCUGGAGCCCUGGGCCAGGCGGGGCAGAGGGAACCGGGCGGCCUGAACGGCGGCCCCUGCGCCUGCUUUAUCUGUGCCCGGCGGGGGGCGGCCCCGCGGUGCAGUGGUCUCGCGUGGAAGACGGCGUCAAUGCUUACUGGUUCCGCGGCCUGCGGCCUGGUACCAACUACUCCGUGUGCCUGGCAGUGGCGGGCGAGGCAUGUCACGUACAAGUGGUGUUCGCCACCAAGAAGGAGCUGCCCUCGCUGCUGGUCAUCGUGGCAGUGAGCGUGUUCCUCCUGGUGCUGGCCACCGUGCCCCUGUUGGGAGCCGCCUGCUGCCAUCUGCUGGCCAAACAUCCGGGCAAGCCCUAUCGUCUUAUCCUGCGACCGCAAGCUCCCGACCCCAUGGAGAAGCGCAUCGCCGCUGACUUCGACCCACGUGCCUCCUAUCUCGAGUCGGAGAAAAGCUACCCAGCAGGCGGCGAGGAGGGCGGCGAGGAGCCGGAGGAGACCCCCGAGGAGGGCCUGGACGAAGGCAUGGAGCAGGGAGACCCCGGCGGGAACCUGCGGAGAGAAGAGAGCUUGGCGGCCUGCUCGCUGGUGGAGUCUCAGUCCAAGGCCAACCAAGAGGAGUUUGAGGCCAGCUCCGAGUACAGCGAUCGGCUGCCCCUGGGCGCCGAGGCGGUUGACAUCGCCCAGGAGAUUAACGGCAACUACAGACAGACGGCAGGUUGAGCCCCCGGCCGGUCCCGCCUGCCCAUUCCCAUCCCGCACCUUGGGUUCCUGGGAGCAGAAGCCUUGGGCUGGCAGGACUUACCCCACGCCCUACCCCACCCAGUACACUUACUACGCCCCCCUACCACUUCCCAAUAUUGACUACUAGGGACGUCUAGUGGGGAAGGGCCGAUUUCACCAGUUCUCAGCCACCCAUGGCCGCCUUUCUCCCGGAGAACUGAAUCGCACCCCCCCAAACGCCCACCCCCACCCUCACCUCCGCCAAGCACAGUUCUUCGCUCUUUUCUCCCUACAAAAGACAUAACCCUCAGACGUGGGGAGAAAUCCACGCCCCUCCAUUCCCAUCGCGAAGGUUAUCUGCUGAAGCAAUCAGCGGUUUGGCUGACUCUGACCCGCAGCCCGUCCACCGUGGGCGCUGAAGCCAAAGUAAAUGGGAGGUGACUUUGAAACCUUUGGUGGUAACUCCUUGGCUCCGGGGCCAGUCUGGGACCCUCAGCAGAUGUCCCUAGCGCGGAGAGCCACAGCGACUUGCCUGGACCCCUAACUCCCUCCUCCCUCUCCGAGGCAACGUCCCAGAAGCCCUGAUCCGGUGGCAUCAGGAGAAAAUCAUUUUCCCUCCGACCCAUAGAUGUUUAGUUCCAAAGCACCUCCUUCAGACUGGUAACUAAACCCUCUGUCCCUGUCCGUUCCCCUGUCCCACCCCUCUUCUGUCCUGCUGGAGCCGAGCCGGGUGCCUGGGGCACCUUUCAGCUCGGCCCUUUGAUUUCCAUAUUUUCGUUGUUUUCAAAGACAGCUACACUCCCAGGUCUGGUGCUAAUGCUCCCUUCUCAGCCUCUGGGAAAAUUGAGUGUGUGCGUCGAGGGAGAUAAUCCUUUUUCUCCGUCCCCUCUCCCAAUUUAGAACGCCGCGAGAGCGCGCGCCCCCUUUCCGCAGAGGGAGCGGGCUUGGUCUCGGGCCAAUUUCGUCGUCUGUGGUCGCUGAACCUGGCACCGCCUGUUUCCGCGGUUUCACGGGGCUCAGACUCCAGCCUGAGGACAGGGACAUAGGAAGCCAACUGUGCCCACUCCCCUAACCCUGCCUCUGGAUUCGGUCCCUGGUGAGGGCUUGCAGCCUGGUUCGCACAAAGCCUGCGUGUUACUUUGCAGGGAGAUCCGGAUGGAGAAAAGCCGCCUGGUCCUCGCGUCUCCCGGUCCUGCCCCUCUUUCCUGGAGAAUAGCAUUUACCCGGCGUGUAGUCCUAGACGAAAAUGCUCUGUAGCAGAAAAGUCUGUGUCCUGUAAAGUGUGACCGUGUAGCGUAGCGUUGGGGGGUGGGCGCAGGCAGGUGGG